AUGCAGCGCUUAGCUAUGGACCUGCGGAUGCUGUCCCGGGAGCUCUCUCUCUACUUGGAGCACCAAGUCCGGGUUGGGUUCUUCGGCUCGGGUGUGGGCUUAUCCCUGAUCCUGGGCUUCAGUGUCGCUUACGCCUUCUAUUACCUGAGCAGCAUUGCCAAGAAGCCCCAGUUAGUGACGGGGGGUGAGAGUUUCAACCGCUUCCUUCAGGACCACUGUCCCGUGGUGACAGAAACGUACUACCCCACGGUCUGGUGCUGGGAGAGUCGAGGACAGACACUCCUGAGACCUUUCAUCACUUCCAAACCCCCGGUGCAGUACAGGAAUGAACUUAUUAAAACUGCAGAUGGAGGACAGAUUUCACUGGACUGGUUUGAUAAUUGUAACAGUAAGUGUUAUAGGGAUGCCACCACCAGGCCUACUAUCUUACUGUUGCCCGGCCUCACUGGAACAAGCAAGGAAUCAUAUAUCCUUCAUAUGAUCCAUCUUAGUGAAGAAUUGGGAUACAGAUGUGUGGUUUUUAACAACAGAGGAGUGGCAGGGGAGAAUCUCUUGACACCAAGGACUUACUGUUGUGCUAACACUGAAGACUUGGAGACAGUUAUUCACCACGUGCACAGUCUGUACCCUUCUGCUCCUUUCCUGGCAGCAGGGGUUUCAAUGGGAGGUAUGCUGCUUUUGAAUUACUUAGGCAAAAUUGGGCCAAAAACUCCAUUGAAGGCAGCUGCAACUUUUUCAGUUGGUUGGAAUACUUUUGCUUGCUCUGAGUCGUUGGAGAAACCACUCAACUGGCUGCUUUUUAAUUACUAUUUGACAACCUGCCUCCAGUCUUCAGUUAAUAAGCACCGGCAUAUGUUUGUAAAACAAAUCGACAUGGAUCAUGUCAUGAAGGCUAAAUCCAUUAGAGAGUUUGAUAAGAGAUUCACUUCAGUCAUGUUUGGAUACCGAACAAUCGAUGAUUAUUAUACUGACGCCAGCCCUAAUCGUAGACUAAAAUCAGUAGGAAUUCCGGUGUUGUGUCUGAAUUCUGUGGAUGAUGUUUUCUCACCAAGUCAUGCUAUUCCAAUUGAAACUGCCAAGCAAAACCCUAAUGUUGCUUUGGUCCUUACUUCUUAUGGAGGCCAUAUUGGUUUUCUGGAGGGAAUCUGGCCAAGGCAGUCCACUUACAUGGAUCGAGUCUUCAAGCAGUUUGUUCAGGCCAUGGUGGAGCAUGGACAUGAACUCUCUAGCAUGUAG